UACGAUAUAUUUCAUGCAGGAGAGUGUUUCAGUUUGAUCUUUAGAAGUAAAGUUUCAGUUUUCGGCUUCAUCUUUUCGAUCGUAGACAAGCGAUUUGCAGCAGCUAUAGGACAGAUUUCUUUUGAGUUCUUAACAGCUGGAUAUGGACUCCACAACUCAACUUUGUCUUGUAAUACUUUUUGUGACAACUUUUAUGAAUGAAUCACGCGGUGCUAAGGAUAAAGAGCUGUACUGUGGUGUAUGCCAUAUCAUUGCUGAUGAGCUUCAGUGGGAAAUUUCUCAAGUUGAUCCCAGAAAGACUUUAGAGGUGGAGAGUUUUAGAGUGGAUCCAAGAGGAAACCAAAAGACAAAAAAGAUUCAAUAUGCAAGAUCAGAGACUCAUCUGAUAGAACAGCUCGAUAAUAUGUGUGAAAAAAUGAAUUCUUACGCUGAGUCAACUGAUCCCAACACGGGAAAGAAGUCAUACAUCAGAACCACCUCACGAUCUGGUGAGGCGGUCACACUCAGUAAUGUGGCAAUCAGUGGUGACAUUGCUCAGAAGAUCAAGUAUGCAUGUGAGAGUAUUAUCGAAGACUAUGAUGAUGAUAUUAUAGCAUCUUUCAAGAAAGAACGCAAGGAUCCAAAGAAAUAUAUGUGCCGCACAACCACUGGUUUAUGCAUUGAUGAUGAUGACGAGUAUGAUGAUAGUGACGAUGAAAAUGAGACUGACAAUGAGCCCACAGAAACUGACCAUGAUGAACUUUGACUAUACUUAACAGUGUAAUAGGAAAAAUUACCUUUUGCACAUAGAAUUAUCAUGCAAAGUUAGUAGGUACUUGUAUCAAAAGUGUAUCAUUUAUGAAUUUCCAUUAAAAUGGCAAUAAGAUUCUUUUAA